AUGGAUUCACUGCAACAAACUCAAGUCUCCCCAUCAGCAUCAAUAACAUCUGUACAGAUGUGAAUGAAUGUCUUAAGACAUCAGAGUUCUGUGGUCCAAACUCUCAUUGCACCAACUCAUUUGGGAGUUACAUCUGUUCUUGCUUGAGUGGAUUUACUGUAACAAAUAGCAGUGAACCCGUCAGCGGCAGUAACCCAUGCAAUGAUAUUAAUGAAUGUCUCAACUCAUCGUUGGUGUGUGGGCCGAAUGCUAACUGUUCCAAUUACAAUGGAAACUAUUCGUGCUCUUGUUGGGAAGGAUAUAACACUACAAAUAUGAAUGAGACUAUAAAUAACAGUAACCCAUGCAUAGAUAUAAAUGAAUGUCAAUUCAGUCCAUCUAUAUGUGGUCCAAAUUCUGACUGCACAAAUCAGUUGGGAAGUUACAGUUGCUCAUGUUCGGAUGGAUUCACUGCAACAAACUCAAAUCUCCCCAUCAGCAUCAAUAACAUCUGUACAGUACCAUCAACACCAACAACACCAUCAACACCACCACCAGCAACAGUAAUUGGAAUGUCAAUGACAAUAGAUCAGACUUUUGAGAGAAGUCUUACCGACCCUGAUAGCAAGACUUUCAAAGAUUUAUCUGGAAAAAUUGAGUCAACAAUUGAUGCAAGUUAUUCUAAUAAGCUAACUGGCUACAGUACUGGUUCUAUAAAAGUCUCUGCCUUCAGGCCUGGUAGUGUUAUAGCAGACUACACAAUAAGUGCAACAUCUAAUAACCUUGAUUUUGGAGCAGCAAACACACAGGUUUUUGACUCUCUAAAAGCAAAAGGAAUAAAUUUAGUUGAAAAUGCUUUUGCUCAAAGUGAUCAAGCAGUUUUCACAACAGAUCAGUUAUAUCCUCUGCAAAAGGUGGACCUGAAAUGUAAUCGGCCAGACUCUGCAGUGGGUCAGAUAAAAUGGACAAUGGAUAACAAAGAUCUUGCAGAAAACACAAAAUAUUCAUUUUCCAUUGACAAGAAAACUCUCACUAUGCUAAACGCUAGUGAAGAUUACAGUGGUCGAUAUUCAUGCAUUAUGCAAAAGAAUACUAUACCAUACAUUCAGUGGCAAAACAUCAUUAUUAAACGACGUCCCAGUAUCAUUGUGGGGGAAAAUGAUCGUGUUUUUCCAUGUGAUGGCAGCAGUUUUCAACUGAUAUGUUCUGUCGAUGUUGGCUACAAUCUUGAGUGGGUCCUGGGUGGAACAGUACAAAUUUCAGGAUCUGACAGUAUCACAUUAAACUACGAUACUCAGAUUGGAAAUUGUACAGAUCAAACCUUUACCUUUAUAUGCCGUCUCAAGGAUCUGCCACAACUACAGAAUUACACUUAUAGCUAUCGCAGCGUCACAGUAAGGACAAGCACAGAAAUUUAUGACUGUCAAAAUGAAGAACUUGGAGCUGGAAAAACAAAUGAACAGAGGACAGGAGUCUGUGGAACUGGCAUGAAAGGCACCGUAACUUACAAAUGUGAAUCAAAAGCUUGGAAACCAUUAGAGGACAACUGUGUACUUGAAGUUAUCGACAACCUUAAAAACAAACUUGAGUCCUUGCGUGUGGAGGAGAUUCCAGGGUUUAUGGCUAACCUCAGUCUUGCCACAUCAGAGAAUAAUGUUAACAUAACCCAGUCUGCUGCUACUGUCCAAGCAAUUGUUGACAUACUCUUUAAAAUUGCUGACUUGUCACAAACUUUUGUCAUCAAAAAAACAGUGAUGGAGAGUUUCCUAAACACAGUGGACAUUAUUGUAUCAGGUAAUGUCAGUGAUACAUGGAAAAAACUCAACACAGGCAACAAAACAGGAGACACCAGCAUUAAACUUCUGAGCGCAAUAGAGAAUAUAAGUGACCGUCUCAUAGAUGAGUUUGAUAUUUAUGAAACAUCCAUUCAGCUGAAUAGAACUACAAUUAAAAACUCAUUCGCUUUAACAUCAGCACUGCCAAACUCAACAACGGAGAUUGUGAUACCACAAGUUCCUCUAGAGACUACCAUAACCAUCAUAAUCUUCACAACUCUUGACAAAGUCCUACCUUCUCAAGGUACUAAUGACAGCAGGAAAUCAAAUGUGCGCAUCAAUGGAGAUGUGGUUGUUGUUAAGGUUAAUAAAACUCUUAACAACAUUUCUUUUACAUUUGACAUUACUGAUCAGUCUUUGGGAAAUCCUCAGUGUGUCUUUUGGAACUUCAUUCUCAACACAUGGGAUUCCACUGGAUGUGAAGUAAAGCGGAACAGCACUGGUAACCUUACAUGUGAAUGUAACCACACAACCUCCUUUUCAAUCCUAAUGUCACCAUUUUCCAUUGAUCACCAAGCCUUAGAUAUUAUAACUUACAUUGGCGUAGCUAUUUCUAUGGCCAGCUUGAUUAUAUGUCUGAUUAUUGAGACUAUCAUAUGGAAGUCAGUAAGAAGAAAUGACACAUCCUACAUGCGACAUGUCUCCAUAGUCAACAUUGCCGUGUCCCUGCUGAUAGCAAACAUCUGUUUUAUCAUUGGAGCUGCGAUCGCAGAACAAGAGCAGUCACCCUCACCGGCUCAUUGCAGUCCAGUGGUUUUCUUCAUGCACUUUUUUUACUUGGCUCUUUUCUUCUGGAUGUUAUUGUCAGCGCUGUUGCUCUUUUACCGUACAGUCAUGGUCUUGUCUCAAAUGUCAAGGACCAAAAUGAUGGUCAUUGCCUUCAUAGUCGGUUAUGGUGCACCUUUGCUCAUAGCAGUCAUUACUGUUGCCUCAACAGCUGGACCUCAAAAUUAUAUUUCUAAAAGCAAUGCAUGCUGGCUGAACUGGUAUGAAUCAAAGGCCCUGCUGGGAUUUGUGAUUCCAGCUUUCACUAUUGUAGCCAUAAACCUUGUAGUUUUGAUCGUGGUCCUGUACAAGAUGUUGAGGAGUGGAGUUGGUGCUACAACUCAACCAGAUGAGAAACAUGCCCUGGUGGUCAUUGCCAGAUGUGUGGCCUUUUUGACUCCUAUCUUUGGUCUAACAUGGGGAUUUGGAAUUGGAACCAUGGUGUCACGUGACUUUGGUAUUCAUGUGGUGUUUGCACUCCUCAAUUCACUGCAGGGAUUCUUUAUUUUGGUGUUUGGAACACUUCUAGACAGUAAGGUUCGUGAGGCACUACCAGGAAAACAGUUGCUACAGAAACUCAGUUCCAGUCGUACCAAGACCACCAGUGCUGGAUCAUCAUCCACAUCUGGACUGCCUUUCUUGCAAAGAAAGGGACGGAGGCAUGUGUACCAUGUAUCCGAAACCAACCUUUCCUCAGCAGUUACAUCUUCAGACAGCUCCAGUGGCUCAUACGCUGUUGUGAACACUUAAAGCACCAAAAAUUGUUUCUGUUACUAUGACAAGCUACAUUAUAGCUCUUUUACUGUACAGCCUCCAGUAAAAUAGUAAGAUAUUGUAAGAAUUAGAAUCAUUUUAAGGGCAUGGUGAGUGUAAAGGGCUUUUACUCAGCUUGUUUAAAAAGAUUCUUUAUUUUUUGUAAUAAUUUAGAGUUGGAGUAGUAUCUCAAUAUUAUUAUAUUUUUAAACAGUAGUAUAGUCUGUACUGCAGUAAUUUUCUAUAUGUGCGGCAGGUAAACUAUUUUAAAAGGUUUAAUUGAACACACAUGCAAAAACAUUACAAGAGGGUCUUUCUGCAGGCUUUCUGUUGUGCAUCCAUUGCUCGAUCAUUUGACCAUUUCUAGAAUAGGCCUAGUUGGUUAGUUUCUAGAACUAUCUUUGCAAUGACAAAUGCAUUUUCAUUCAUCAACAUAUCAGCAUUUGCACUGGGUUCUUAUCAUUGAUAUAUUGUGAUUUUAACAUUAUACAUGAAUUAUAUGUUAGUAUAUACAUACUGGCCAUCAGUCAGAGUUAAAAAUUUCAAGCUGUGGAAAAAAAUUCUCCUGUAUGUGUUCUUGUUUUAUAUAACAUGAUACAGUAGUUCAGCAAUAUGAUAAGCAGGAGUGUUGUAUAUCUGGAUGAUUGCAAAUGUGUUUUUUGCACAAAGAUAAAAUAAGUACACUGUAAAAUCCAAUAGUUUACCUUACUUAGAUAUAAUUAGUUAUCUUUACUUAGUUGUUAUACUUACUAGAUUUUAUUAAGUUACAGCUAAUUUCAAGGCAAAUAAAACAAUUUACUUAUUGCUUUGAGUGAUGCUUACAAUAUUCAAGUAGCCACAAAGGAACCAAUGACAUUAAUACACCAGUGAGAGGCAGCAGUGCACUAAUAUGUUGCUAAUGUGCAACAAAUCAACAGAAGAAGAAGAAGAAAUAGAGUUUUUGAGACAGGGCAAUUCUUAAUAGACUUUUCACUCAUUUCCUCCACAUCUGCAGUUCUCUUUCUCUAGUUGCAUUCACUUGUUUCCCAAAGUCAUCUUGAAUGUUGCAUUGUCAAUACAAUUGAAAAAUCUGAGAGAACAUCACAUAAGCUGACUUAAUAAAUUGAUGUUGAUUUUCCAAAAAA